CGAGAGAGAGCAACCGAGAAAGAGAGAGAGUCCGCUAGAGAGUGUACGUGUUAUGGGAAGAGACACAGGAAAGCAGAGAGGCAGCAUGAGUUGUUAAGGGAGAGAUUGAGUUGGUGAGAGAGAGAGAGAGAGAGAGAGAGAGAGAGAGAGAGAGAGAGAGAGAGAGAGAGAGAGAGAGAGAGAGAGAGAGAGAGACAGAGAGAGACAGAGAGAGAGAGACAGAGAGAGAGACAGAGAGAGAGAGAGAGGUACAGUAUCAGUCCCAGUCAUACGAGGUUGGCCAGAGAGAGGGAACUGGAGAAGCUUCUUGAAAGUUGACCGGCAACUGUCACUCUGCGUCUGACCUGAAGGGCUCCAUUACCUCUACAUUUCAAAAGAAGAGGGGCUCCUUACCCAGGAGCAAGAGUGUGGAGCUGGUGAUGGAGCAGGUGAUGGAGCGCCACUAUGACUUCGACCUCACCUACAUCACCGAGAGGAUCAUAUCCGUCUUCUUCCUGCCCGACCUGGAGGAGCAGCGUUACCGUGGAAACCUGCAGGAAGUGGCGGCCAUGCUGAAAUCCAAACACCAGGACAAGUUUCUGCUCCUGAAUUUGUCAGAGAAGAGACACGACAUCGCCAGCCUUAACCCAAAGGUACAGGACUACGGCUGGCCCGACCACCACGCCCCGCCACUGGACAGGAUCUGCGCUGUGUGCAAGGCCAUGGACACCUGGUUGAUCUCUGACCCCCAGAACGUGGUGGUCCUGCACUGCAAGGGUAACAAAGGAAAGACUGGCGUCAUUGUGGCCGCCUACAUGCACUAUAGCAAGAUAACUGCAGGGGCUGACCAGGCACUCACAACCCUGGCCAUGAGGAAGUUCUGUGAAGAUAAAGUUUCCUCCUCUCUACAGCCCUCUCAGAACAGGUACAUCUUCUACUUUGGGGGUCUGUUGUCCGGCUCCAUCAAGAUGAACAGCAGUCCUCUGUUCCUACAGCAGAUCCUCAUUCCAUCGCUGCCAAACUUCCAGGCAGAGGGAGGUUACUAUCCCUUCCUGAAGAUAUAUCAGUCUCUCCAGCUGGUUUACACCUCCGGCGUCUAUGACCCCCACAACUCCAGAGCCAGGAAGCUGUGUGUGACCAUGGAACCAGCUUUGUUGUUGAAAGGGGACAUCAUGGUCAAGUGUUACCACCGACGGACUCGCGGCGCCCAGAGAGAGGUCGUCUUCAGGGUUCAGUUCCACACCUGCACGGUCCACGGAGCCCAGCUGUGGUUCGGCAAGACUGAGCUGGACUCCGCCAGCUCAGAUGACAGAUUCCCUCCCGAUAACUCGGUGGAGUUCAUCUUCUCCAGCAGUCCAGAUAAAAUAAAAGGGCGCGAAUAUCAGAAGAAUGAGCCCUCCAUCACAGUAGACUACAACACGUCUGACCCGGUGGUGAGAUGGGACUCCUAUGAGAACUUCAACCUACACCACCAAGACAGCCUGGAGAAGAUCCCUCACACACGGGGCCCUUUGGACGGCAGUCUGUACGCCCAGGUGAGGAAGCGGCGGGGCCCGGGGUCGACCGGGGCCGUACGCCUGUCUCUGAGCCCCACGGUGGGGCCCCCGACGCAGGCCGCCGCUCCGCAGCCUCCCGCCUCCUUCAGCUCCGACCCGGGCCGCCACUCGGCCUCUCCCUCCGCUGACUGGCCGGAGGAGCCGUCCCCCAGCCCCCCGACGGACCCGCACGGGGACGGGGGGGAGAGGAGGGCCGCGGAGGGGGAGGACAGAGCCGGGAGGGGCAAAGAGCGGGACAGGGAGACGGCCAUCCUGGACGACGCCGAGCCCUCGGGGGGGCUGGAGGGCUUCAGGCGGGGGGGGCGUCCGUGCUGCAGUCCCGGGGCGGGGAGGCCGGGGGAGGGGGGCUGGGAGAGGGCCAGAGAGCCGUGCCUCGCCAGCAACGGGCACCAUCCCGCUCACCGCGCCGCUGCCGCCGCCCCCAAGAACAACCCCAAGAGCCGCACGCUGCCCGCCCUCCCGUCCAAACCCCUCUCCCCCAACCCGCGCCACGCCCCGCACCUGGAGCUGUACCACCGCCACAGCGGGCACCCGCUGCCGGAGCUGCCCUGGGAGUGUCCGCCCGCCCCCAUGCUCUGCGUCCACCGGGCGUGCUUCCCCCACUCCACCCCGGAGCUGGCCCACCCCCACCCCCACAGCUACAGCCUGCCCGCCUCCAGCCGGGAGUGCUCCCCGGAGGGGUGUCACCUGGUCCACUGCCCCGGCCACGGGCCGCCCUCCCUGCCCACUAGCCCCUACAGAGAGCUGUUCUUCCAACCGCCGGCGGCGCCCUCUGGCUGCGGCUGCAGGGACUGCGCCGGCCGGAGGGAGCACCAGUCGGCGUCGGUCCGGCUGUUCCAUCCGCUGCACUCGGACAAAUCGGGGGGCCUGCAGUGGGGCCGGGAGGUGGAGAUGCAGCAGGCGAGGGAGGGACCCCCGGUGUGGGCCGACAGCCACUGGGAGGCCAAGAGAGAGGCUGCAGAGUUCUGGCAGCACAAGACAGCCGUGCAGCCGUAUCGCGUGUGCCAUUCUUCACUAGAGCAGCCUCAGAGCCCGGACCAAGCAGGGUCUGUCCUGGUGCUCCAUCAGGGGUACCGUACCCCGCCGCCAGCCCAUCUCGCCUGUGCCUGCAUCCCUUAUCAGUCCUCCCCAGCAGAGAGCCAUGAGAGCAGGGGCUAUGCUUCGGGGUACCAGUCUGGAUCCUCCUCACCGCUGGCUCCCACCAGCCCGAUGCCGGGAGCCUCUCCUGGGAGGAGUCAGGCAGCGGAGAGCCCUUCCAGAGCCAGGGGCCCGAGGUCAGAGAAUACCCACCACACAGAUCAAACGGCCCAGGCUGACGCGAAGGACAACAAGUCUGUGAGUCCUUCAAGUGACCCAGACAGUGCUGCUGGAAUGGAUGUGGACCAGGACUAUACGCUCAUUUGCAGCCCCCCGACACAAGCUGAAGUCUGGAUCACAGAGGAAUGUGUUGACAGCGGGACCCCCCAGAACACUCCCCAGGGGGUCCAGAAGCCGAGCCACGGAGCUACGUCCUCGCCCUCUCUGGAGUCCAACGCAAACACCGACAACACUGUGUCCCAACCAUCACAAGCAGCCCCAAAGCAACCCCCCUGCUCAUCCACUGACCUGUCAGAAAACGCGAGCAAGCAUUCACAGAGUCUGGGGUUAACGGCCAAGAUCGGGGAAGACAACAAAGAAACAGGAAGUGCAAAGGAAUCCGGCCAAUCAGACACGUCCUCUCAAACCACUGUAACCAUUCAGUCGGUGACCAAGGUCCAAGUGCAGCUCAAUGGCUCCGCCCUCCCUGGCGACGCCCAGGGGUCCGACACGGCCAGCAGAGACGCGUCCAGCGGAAGCUCCACGCCGGCGUCUGCACAGUCUCCCCAAGGCUCCCCGGCCAGGGGGUCCUCCCCCCAGGCCGGCCCCCCGAGAUCGUCCCCCGGCCGGGACAGCCCGUCCGAGCCGUCCAAACCCCCGUCGCCGGUGCCCGAGGGCUACAGCACCCCCACCUUCCCCCUGGCGUCGUACUACUACCCGCUGCUCAACGUGCCCCACGUGCCCUACACGGGGUACACCGCCGUCACCAUCCCCGCCCCCCAGCCCCCGCUGCCCGAGAAGAAGCGCUUCUCCUCCUCCCCGCUGGCGCUCAACGGCCACAGCUCGCUGCUCAGGGCGGAGUCGGCACCUUCCUCCGCCUCCCUCGCCUCCUCCUCCACCUCCUGCUCCAACACCUCGUCGUCGUCGUCGUCAUCCGGUGGCCAGCAUCACGUCACCUUCUCCCCCUCCGUGGCCGAGCCCCCCGCCCUGGGACGACGAGGGUCCGCUCAGUCCGGCGGUAGAGAGGAAGCAGACACAAAGGUCAACGCAAAGUUUGUCCAAGACAGCUCCAAGUACUGGUACAAACCGGGCAUCUCCAGGGAUCAAGCAAUAGCAGUGCUGAAGGACAAGGAGCCCGGGUCCUUCCUCAUCAGAGACAGUAACUCCUUCCAGGGGGCGUACGGUCUGGCCCUCAAGGUCACCACUCCUCCCCUGAACGCCAACCUCAACACCAGCAAAGGAGAUCCGCUGGAGCAGCUGGUGAGACACUUCCUGAUCGAGACGGGCCCGCGGGGCGUGAAGAUCAAGGGCUGUCAGAACGAGUCGUACUUUGGAAGUUUGUCUGCGCUGGUAUACCAGCAUUCAAUCACUCCCAUCUCCCUGCCCUGUGCGCUGCUCGUCCCAGACAAGGAUCUGGUGGGAGAGCUCCAGGAGAUACAGAGUGUCACCAACACGAGCACGGCGGCAAAUCUCCUCAAGCAAGGAGCAGCAUGCAAUGUGUUGUAUCUGAACUCUGUGGAAACCGAAUCGCUGACAGGGCCCCAGGCCAUCUCCAAGGCAACCAAAUGCACCCUGGCCCUGAGUCCACGUCCCACGGCCACUGUGGUCCACUUCAAAGUGUCCAUUCAGGGCAUCACUCUGACGGACGGAAAGCGAAGGCUAUUUUUCAGAAGACACUACCCAAUCAACAGUGUGACGUUCAGCAGCUUAGACCCAAAGGACCAGAGGUGGACUAACUCUAAUAGCACAUCAAGCAAGAUAUUUGGCUUUGUGGCGCGGCGGACAGGAAGUACAACCGAGAACGUGUGUCACCUGUUUGCAGAGAUCGACCCAGAGCAGCCUGCAGUUGCCAUCGUCAACUUUAUUAACAAAGUCAUGCUGGGCCCACAGCUUCGCAGAUGAGAUGAGCUUAGACACAAGAAACUCAUAAGAACAUCGAAGGAUUUCUAUAUAUAAACAAGAUUACUUCUGAAUGAGGUGUUUGUGAGUGUAUAUAUAUGUAUGUAGAUAUAUAUAUAUAUAUAUAUAUAUAUAUAUAUAUAUGUAUAUGUGUGUUUAUGUUUUUGAAAUUUAUACCAGCAGCUCACUUGAGCUUGAGUGAGUCAUUUGGGGUUUUAUCAUGAAUCAAAUAGAAGCAGCGACAAAACUUUUCAAGCAUUCAUGUAUUAUUUUUUUUAUUCUGGAAUGCUAUUUUCUUUUUUAUUCAAACUUAUUUGUUUUUUUCAUGUACCAAAGGAUGAAUGUAAUCUCACAUUGUGGACCUUACACACAUGCUCAGAACCAUUUUUUAAUGCUAAAUACCUUUGGAAGGUUUGUUUCUACGGUAAUAGUACAUAAUUACUUUUUACAGAAUUAAAACCCAGUUACUCCGCAGGCUCAAUGGGGUUGUCUGCACAACAAUCCAAUAUCACAUAGAUACACAUUUUCAAAAAAAGGUUGUUUGAGUCCAUCAAUAUUUCCAAGUUAUCCUUUUGCGCUUCUAGAAUAUUCUGAUUUGUAGAUUAAGAAGUGGUCUGAGGGUCACUGUUUAAUCCCAAAAACUGGGUGACACGACAUGUUGGUACCUUAACAUUGUUGAACAGGUCAUGCUGAUAUAACAUCGAUCAUAUAUUGCAUAUGUACAGUUUGGUCUUUUUAAGAAGAAAGGACCAAGAACCUAAAGCCAAAGACUUUUUUUGCUGGUCCUGGCAUGUUUAUUAUCUGUGUGCAUUUUUGUGUGUUUUAUAUACGAAGGCAGCACAUUGUGUGGCUUUAGUUCACAUAAUUUUCAUAACAUGUUAUAAUAAAAGUUUAAUAACAGAACUAAUAUAUUUUAAAGCACUCUAUACAAUGUGGAGAAUAAAACAAUGUUUCCAACGAUUUGCUCAUACUAAUAAAACAAACUUGUGUGUUUCUA